AUGCGGUGCCCCAGAUACUCUAAGCGGUACUCUCGUAUAUGCCAUCGCCGAUCUUCUCCUGUCACAAUGAUUCUGCUUCUCUCUUGUGUUUGCCUCGCUAUUGCCUUCCAGCCCUUACAUCCUAAUGUCUCGAGUCGUGAUGCCAAAGGACUUGUGAAGGACGGAUAUCUCCAAGACCCAAGAACUGCAACGGAACGAGCUUUGUCAGCGGCUACUACUACUACCACUCUAACUUUGACGGACAUCGUGUGUCCAGGUAUGGGAAUACCAACUCCAGAAGUAUCGAACGCGAGCGCCUAUCGUUCGUCACAUUCCCGGGAGCGGCCACCCGCGGUAGCAACUGAGCAUGAGAUCGUUUCAUCCCCACCAGCUGCUGACCUGGCCAACAGUGUCAUUUCAGCAAGUUGCUGCGUGGGCCUGGGGUCGCUCUAUUCACAGGCUAGUAAGACUCUGCUCAGAGCCACCAUGGAAGGGACAGAUUCUCAGGCAAUCAAACCAGCGGCUAUAUCUAUAGUGUCCAGCGCACUCGGAAAGUUAGCACCAACUACAAAGCUACUGAACUCGGUUGUCUCUAGUUCAUCACUCAGUGGGCAUGCUACAUCGGCGUCUUCUCAAACGGCCCGGGAUCCUAAGGCUUCAACUGCUUUGGACAUGCUGGCUACUGUAGCAGAGGCAAAUGCUCACUCAACAGAAACCCCUGGUAAGGAGGCAGGGAAAGCUGCUACCCCAUCCACAACAUUCCAUAUUACAUCAUCCACCACUACCAACGACAUCGGUGCCACAUCGAAGACAACCUCUUCUCCAACCCAGACAGCUACUACAGAGAACGUCGGUUGGGGCAGCAUGAUCGAGUCUAGCUUCAAGACUACGAUCUAUUGUUCUUUCACCGAGCGGUGUGGUCAUCCAGAUAUUUCCUCGCCCUCUCUCCAAUCGGCCUGCGAGGCUCUUGUUAAAGAUGGGUAUGUGGGGUCGUUUCCUCCAGCAUGGUGA